UAACAUUCUCAGUGCAAACUCUUUCUACAAGAAAUCAAAAGCUACUUCCUUCGUCUCUCUCCCUUCGUCGUUGCUCGAUCCGUACAUCGGAGAAAAUUUUGUUAUAAAUGCAAUGUUGCAGGUUUUUUUGAGGUAAGCUUAAAGGUGCAAAUGGGAGACAGUCAGUACUCGUUUUCUCUCACUACGUUCAGCCCAUCAGGGAAGCUGGUUCAGAUAGAACAUGCUCUAACAGCUGUUGGAUCAGGCCAAACAUCUCUCGGAAUCAAAGCUUCAAACGGAGUUGUCAUUGCAACAGAAAAGAAGCUUCCCUCUAUUCUAGUUGAUGAAGCGUCUGUUCAGAAGAUUCAGAACUUGACUCCCAAUAUUGGAGUUGUUUACAGUGGUAUGGGUCCUGAUUUCCGAGUUCUUGUACGAAAGAGUAGGAAGCAGGCUGAGCAGUAUCUCCGCUUGUACAAAGAACCUAUCCCUGUGACGCAACUUGUAAGGGAAACUGCUACUGUGAUGCAAGAGUUCACUCAAUCAGGAAAUCGAUGAUUACUUGGCUGAAGUCGAGUAAAACUUUCACCUUGGCCGUGCAACAAAACCAGGAUUUGAAUCCCAUUACUAUCUUUUGUUUCAUUCUUGCUGGUUGCACAAAUUUGUUGGUUGGCUUAUUCCUUCGGUAACUCUUUUAGAACUUGUUAAAGACUCAAUUUAGAAUCUGUUUUUCAUUUGUUUAGAUAUGUUCAAAAUAUCUCUUCAUGUGAAAUUUCAGAACUGAGAAAAGUAAACUAAAAUUAUUUAACCUGAGCCA